UAUGCCCCAAUCUGGCAACACCGUAAAUCCCCAGGAAGAAGAGAAGCACUGGCAAGAGAAACAAGCAGCAAUGGCGGUGCAGAUAGCGAUACUGGACUGUGACCUGCUUCUCCACGGGCGAGGUCAUAAGACCAUGGACCGGUUUGACCUCGACUCGGUCUCCGACCAAUACCUCCUGACGACAUUCGGUUUCCCCAGAGAGUUCAUCCUCUAUCUGGUGGAGUUGUUGAGAGGGGUUCUGUGCCGCCGCACGCAGCGGUCUCGCGCCAUCAGCCCCGAGGUGCAGAUCCUGGCUGCGCUUGGCUUCUACACCUCGGGCUCCUUCCAGACCUCCAUGGGCGACGCCAUCGGCAUCAGCCAGGCCUCCAUGUCCCGCUGUGUGACCAACGUCACUCGGGCGCUGGUCAAGAAGGCCCCGCAGUUCAUCUCCUUCAACAGGGACGCCGGCACCAGGGAGCUGUCCGUCCAGGAGUUCCAGAGGGUGGCCGAGAUCCCGGGAGUCCACGGAGUGCUGGACUGUGUUCAGGUGGCGAUCAAGGCCCCCAACAGCGAGGACUCGUCCUACGUCAACCGGAGGGGCUUCCACUCGGUGGGCUGCCAGCUGGUGUGUGACGCCAGGGGGCUCCUGCUGAGUGCCGAGACCUGCUGGCCGGGGGGGCUGCAGGACGCCGAGGUCCUGGAGAGGUCCGCCGUGGGCCAGGCCAUGGAGACGGCCGCCGAGGACGGCUGGCUCCUGGGCGGCCGCCACUACCCCCUGAAGCGCUGGCUCCUCACGCCCGUGUCCCUCCCCUCGUCCCCCGGGGAGCUGCAGUACAACCUGGCCCACGCCGCCACCUGUGAGAUCGUGGACCGCACCUUCAGGGCCAUCCAGACGCGCUUCAGGUGCCUGGACGGAUCCAAGGGAUACCUGCAGUACUCUCCGGAGAAGAGCUCGUCCAUCCUGCUGGCGUGCUGCGUGCUCCACAACGCCUCGCUGCAGUCCGGCCUGGACGCCUGGACCCUGGAGCGGAGCGAGGCCCCGGAGCCCCCCGAGACCUACGCACACUGCCCCGGGGGCCCGGACCCCGAGACCGAGGACAGGCGGCGGGAACUCAUCGCCAAGCACUUUGGAUGAGAGUCUCUCUCUGUCUCUCUCUCUCUCUCUCUGUCUCUGUCUGUCUCUCUCUCUGUCUCUGUCUC